CUGUCUUGAAACAGUAGGCGCUAUUUGAGUUAAAAAGCUCAAUUGCAGUACGUUUGCCAAAAGGACAGGUAAAAGCAAAAAAUGGUUCAAGAAAAUAUGAAAACACAGCUCUCAGCUACUGAAUUCUAUUAACAUCCACAAAUUCUCAGCUCCCUCUCUCCAAGUCAUAAUGUUUUCUUCAACAACUAUCCUCUCUGCAUUCAGUUUCAAUCACAUGCGCUCCUAUCUGAAGCUCAAUAUUGAAUUUUGAAAUCUUUUCCAUAAACUCAAGGUUUUAUUCAUUCGUAUCUGAAGCUUAAAGAUUGAAUCUUUAAACCAUUAACAUGGGUACUAACAAGCAAAGAUGGAAAAUCUCUUUCCACAAAUCUCCAUCAAAACACCCUCCUAUUCCUAUAGAAUUCAUCUGUCCUAUUUCUAAUUCUCUCAUGGCUGACCCUGUAAUAGUUUCUUCAGGCCAUACAUUUGAACGCCACUGUGUUCAUGCCUGUAAAUCACUAUCUUUUACACCUAUUCUUCCUGAUAAUUCCAUCCCUGAUUUCUCCACAAUCAUCCCUAACUUAGCUCUCAAAUCCACAAUCCUCAAUUUUUGCCGUUCUUCUCUUCUUGACCCUCCAAAACCCCUCAAUUUCCUCACAGCUGAAAAUCUUGUUUUUACAUUAAUGGCCACCCAAAAAGCCCAAAACCACACUAAAGAUAAAUCAAGAUUCAGUAGUAUGACUGAGCUAAAUCGGGUACCUAGUCACAUAUCAACGAGUUCAGAGGAAUCUGUAACCCCAACAAGUGGGCCCCUCACCUGUUACUCUUCAUCAUCUGACGUGGAUACCAUGAACUCAAAUUCCAUUGAAGAAGAUGAGCUUGUUGUAAAACUGAAGAGUUCACAUAUCUCUGAACAAGAAGAAGGUGUUAUCUCGUUUAGGAAAUUGACCCGAACCCGAGAAGAAACCCGUUUCAGUUUAUGUACUCCUCGUAUACUGUCAGCUCUACGUGUACUUAUAACCUCAAGGUAUGCUUCUGUACAAGUUAAUUCAGUAGCGGCAUUGGUGAAUUUAUCAUUAGAGAAUCGAAACAAGGUGAAAAUUGUACGUUCUGGGAUUGUUCCACCUUUGAUUGAUGUGCUAAAAAGUGGAUUUCAAGAAUCACAAGAACAUGUUGCUGGUGCACUUUUCAGUUUAGCUUUAGAUGAUCAGAACAAAACUGCAAUUGGGGUUUUGGGUGCAUUGCCUCCACUUUUACAUGCUGUUCGAUCCGAAUCCGAACGUACUAGGCAUGAUUCGGCUUUGGCUUUGUAUCAUCUUUCUUUGGUUCAGAGUAACAGGGCUAAGUUAGUGAAACUCGGGGCGGUUCAGGUGUUAUUGGGCAUGGUUAAAACGGGUCAUAUGACGGGUCGGAUCCUGUUGAUACUUUGUAACCUGGCAGCGAGCUCGGAAGGGAGAGCAGCAAUGCUUGAUGGGGGUGGGGUGCAGUGUUUUGUUAGUAUGUUGAGAAAGGGAGAGUUUGAUUCGGAGUCGAGUCGUGAGAAUUGUCUUGCUGCAUUGUAUGGACUAAGUCAUGGUGGACUUAGGUUUAAAGGGUUGGCUAAAGAGGCUGCUGCUGAGGAGUUGUUGAUACAUGUUGAGGAAACGGGAAAUGAGCGGGCCAAGGAUAAGGCCAGAAAGAUAUUGGAGGUUUUGAGGCAGAAGGAUGAAGAGGAGGAGGAAGUUGAUUGGGAGAAGUUGCUUAAUUCCGAUGAUGAUAUGAGUCAAACACGGAUAAGUUCUUCAUAGCUCUUGUUUGUUUUUGUUUCUUCAUUGUAUGCUGUUUCUUUAUUUUUCUGAGAAAUGGCUUGUAAUUAGGCACCAUGCUCUCUUCUCAUAGCUGCUGAUAGCAUGAUUUGGGUUUGGGUUUUGGUUCUGCUCGUCGUGUCUUCUGAGAUCAUGUGACAGUUGACAGGGUAAAUAAUGUUGAAAAUGUAAAGAAAAGAUUCUGAACAGUGUGUUUUUGUUUUUGGAAAAAGAGGUUGUCUUUGACAUGAACUCAUUAAGGUUGUCUUUAACAUGAACUCAUUGUCUCCUAAUACUCUUCCAGUAAUGCUAUCUUCAAUUUCUUGUGUGCCUGAGGUUAAUUCUAUGAACUAUUCGUGUUUGUCUCUUCUCAUUUUGGUGCUCAAACAAUGAACACAAGAAAGAAGACAGUACUAACAUUUCCACAUUCUUCAAUCUGAUGUCUUGUGCUUCUGGGAAGGUUAGAAUUUCAGCACUAACAUUUUUACAUCGGGACUUUAGUGUUUGAGCAAUUAUUAAAAUUGUAGGACAAGAUGAUAUACUUGUGUAAGAGUUUAGAUGUUAUACUUCUGAACUCUGCUUAGCUCUUUUGUUCUCUUUUUUAAUUUCCUUAUAAUGCUGAGUUUUACAUGCGAAGACAAUUCAGAAAGAUUCUCAUUACAGAUUUUUUUUUGUUUUUUGGCAAGUAAAGUAUUUUACCAAAUGAAGUAUUUACAGCUUAACAGAAGAGAAAAACAAAACUGUCACGCAUGGAAUGGACAUAGUCCCAAACUCAUGCACUAACAAAGACUAACACCCUGACUUAGAACCACCCCACAAGGAAAUCAGAAACAAAGAAAGCUAAACCUAAGGAUGGAAGUUCAUCCUCUGAAUCAGGGGCGGCUCAAUUAGAUUGGUGGCCUAAAGCCAACUUUAACGGGAGGCCUUGGGUUCGAGCCUCAGAACAAAAAAUCUUGCUAGGGAGUGCUUCCCUCUUUAGCCGGCCUUGCGUGUCUCGAAAUAGAAUUAAUCGGGAAAUUCCAUACAAGUACCGAACACCGGAUGGAACCGCGCUUUAGUGGCUUGGCCCUCUGGCCGGCCCUGCUCUGGAUAUAUCUAGCUAGUUUAGGAGCUUGAGUUGCCUUGAAAUAGACUUCCUGUGUGAUCAAGUGAAGAAUAACAUCCUCUGGUCUUUGUUUACUCUGAAAGAACCUGGCAUUUCUUUCCCGCCAGAGAUAAUACACUGCAGCAGCCAUGAUGAUUCUAUAAACUCCAGCACCAGCACUCCUCCCUCCACAGAAAUGAACUACCCAUUGUAACUCAUCAGUCCAUCCUAGAGGUGGCCUGUUUAUCCCUUGCCAAACCAGAAGUCUUUUCCAAAUUGAACCUGUUACAGAGCAUUGGAAGAAUAGUUAGUGAACACCUUCCUCCUCUUGUGCACACAUCGGACACAUCAGCCUGGUUUCAACACCCCGUUUAGUGACCCUAUCUCUUGUUGCUAAUCUUCCAUACAUAGCCUAUCUCAGUAUGAAAAUCCACUUUGGGGAGCUAUGAUUAUUGCAUAUAAUCUUCCUCCAAUGCACUUUCUGAUAGCCUCCCUGCAAUGCUUGAUAUAACUUCUUGAUAGAAAACCUUUUCAUAUUCUGGAUAUCAGUCGAAGUUAAACCUGCAGCUCCCAUACAGACAACUGGUUUCAUAAAAAGACUAUUGCUCCCUGAUCUCUUGUACAUUGCACAGUUUGUUCCUUUCAAUUACUUGUUUUGAUUGACAAAAGAUAUGAAUAUACGUUUGUCAGAGUGAAAUGGUUGAUCUUCAUCUCUAGAAGAACCUUACAACUGUGUGAUGUGCUUUCUUCAUUUGAAGUCUCUCCUUGCCCUUUAGGAUCUUUGUGGGAAUUUGACUUAAACAGAAAAUACUAAUAGAUAAAUGUUCUACUUUAUUAUCCACAUAGUAAGGGGCUGAUCUUUGAAUAGGAAAUGGAGUGGACUGCAGCGUCCAAAAUGAAUUCGCUUAUUCGAAAAAGGUAAUUCUUUGAAAAAUUAUCUUGUGCUUGUGUUACAUGGUUCGAUACUGCAUGAACUUCAGAAGCAUUCCUUAUUCAAAUAUACAAUCCUGAUAUGGGAUUCACAUGACUGAGAAAUUAGAACUGGCAGUAAAUAUAAUUGCAAAGCCAUAUGACUGAGAAAAUAAAACUGGCAGUAAAGUGCGCUAACAUAGUUCCUUCGAACAUCUAGUUGGCUUUGAUCAGCAGAACAUGCAUAUGAUUCUUGAAGAUGAGCAAUCCUCUAAAGCUUUGAGGUUUUUUGUUGCUCUUACUGGAGUAAACUUCAGAGGAUGCAACAAUUAGGUCUCUUGAAAAAAUGAAACCAACUUUAGUUAUAUUUACAUUAACUUAGCCUACUUGUUUUCCAUCAGCCGGUCAAAUAGAUGCCUUCGUCUUCUUCAUUUCUACAUGUUGAAUCUAUUUUCUUUUCUCUUUUUGAAUGUUACUUAUGCAGUUUAAGAGUUUAGACCUCUAUAUUAGAAGAUGAACUAUUUAUGCAUCCUAAUUUUGUGUAUUAUAGUUGCUUAGAUUGGCAUUCGAAAAGUCACAUAUGACAGACAACUGGUCAAAACUUCUCAUGGCUCGACAGUGGAAAAAUGUUUCUUGAUUAUUAAUCUGAUUAGAAGAGUUUUAGUGAUUGGGGCAGAACCCAGACAAUAGGGCGGAGAUGACGGAACCGUAAUUGAAUGGCAAUAAUUCUCGUUCAUUUAUGCUGUUUUUAUCUAAUUAAAGUAUUCCGAUAUAACAAAGCAUAAUGGAAUACACAUUAUAGUCAGCAUUUAUAUAUACCUUCUUCUAUUUCAUUUGAAGUAGCAUACUUUUAAGUUGUCAUGUUCUUGCCAAAUGAAGAUGGAUCAAACGGGUCAUGUCCCAAGCCAUCCAGAGUUGUGUUCGAUUCAAAAUGAGAGUUCGAGUCUAGAUUGAUCAAAUUCAGAACUCAACGCGCCCAAAAUGUCUCAACAUCUCAUCCUUUUUUUUUUAUGUUGCUCAUCAAAAAUAAAAAAAGUGAAAACUUAUGUAUUUUUCUAUAAAUUUUCCAACUUCUAAGUUUAUAUAAUUCUUAAUCUCCAAAUUUAAUUUUGUAUGUUUAGGUUUGAGUUAUAUUUUAUAUAAGUUGGAUUACACUAUUUUGACCCAAUGAUUUGAUGACUUCUUUGACUUAGCGACUUAACAAAAUUGAUUUGAUUUUGACACCUCUUCCAAGAAUCAAUACCAAAGCACGUUAUGUAUCUCUAGCUUAUUAUUCAUUUGGUUAGUGCCAGGUUAACUUGAGUUGGCCAUGCCCCAGUAAUAAUCUGUGACAAAGGAGACACCCACCGGAAAGAAAGAUCCCACCUUUUUGAACACUUGCACUCCAACCAUAAAGCAACAAAACAAUCCAUCAAUCAAACAUCUUGAACCGAAAAGGAAACAUUUUCACACUAAUUUCAAAAGUUGCAAACUUUAUUUACGGUUUCAUUUCUUAUUGAAUCAAAUUUGAGGAACAAACAACCUCGUACGUGCAUCUCACCUGAAUCAAAUUAAUGAUUCAGUUUCAUUAUACACCAUUCCAAUAUAAUGUAGUAGUUCACACUAAUCACAAGUAGUAGUUUCCCUCGAAUACAAUACAGACUCCAAUGAGCAAUUUAGCAGAA